UGAAAAUUUCCCCAGGUGUACAAUGAUUUCUUUCUCAGUUCGUCCUCCACCAGUCUCCGCCCAAAACCACUUCCCCAAAUCCUAUGGACCCUGAAAUCCCCUACAAAAAACAAGCACAAAUAGGCUGAUUUCACUCUCACAAACAUACAAUGGAUCGAGAGCAGAUGCAGACUUUAAGUGCUUAUGGAGACAUGGGACCCACCAGCAACUCCAUAGACUCCUUUGACCACCACCACCACCACCACCACAGGAUUUUCAUAGAUGAUGAACCUGAAAAUGAUGCACCACUCAGCACAACAGAUUGUGGCUACGCAAGACCCUUUCUGUUUCUUGAUAUAAUAUGGAACUUGGCAUUUGUUUUGGUGUCUUUUUCUGUGCUUUUGACCACCAUUCAAGAAAGACCCUCGACUCCUUUAAGGGUUUGGAUUUUAGGGUAUGCUCUGCAGAGCCUUCUGCAUGUGGGGAUUGUGUGGGCUGAGUAUCAAAGGAGGAGUCUUGAUGAUGUUGGGGUUCGAGAGUUUAACUUUCGUGGUCUCUUUACGUUUUCUUCACUGUGUCAUAACAGCAUUAUCAAGAAGCUGGAAUCCAUUAAUACUGUGAUUUCAUCAAUUUGGUGGGUGUUUGGAUUUUAUUGGACUGUGACGGGAGGCCAAGCACUUCUACAAGAGUCUCCCCGGUUAUACUGGUUGUCGGUGGUUUUCCUAGCCUUCGACGUGUUCUUUAUGAUCUUCUGUAUAGCAAUGGCCUGUAUCGUUUUCUUUGCAUUGUUCUGUUGCUUUCCUAUCUUAUCUACAGUUGCCUAUGCUAUGACCGUUGGAGAAGGAGCAUCUGAAAAUGAUAUUAGGGCUCUUCCCAAGUAUAGAUAUCGCCUGCCCAAUGCUUUGGGAAAUGAUAUGAAGCAAGAAGAAGUUAGUAUAACUUCACAGUCUGACGACAGUAAUCUUGCAGCUGAACUCACUCUUAAUCCAGAGGAUUCUGAGUGCUGCAUAUGCCUUUAUAAGUACGUUGAUGGUGUAGAGUUGUGUACCCUUCCCUGCAACCAUCAUUUCCACCAUACAUGCAUUGGCAAGUGGCUGCAGAUUAGUGCAACCUGCCCUCUCUGCAAACUUAACAUUCUCAAGGGUAAGAAUUCGGUAUGAACAGAGUAGACUUAUUUUUGCAGAAAAAGGAGACGAUAGAGACAUCUGGGUGGCGCCCAUUUUCGCGGAUUCUGCCUGCUAAAUGUACAGCAGGAAUGCAAAUCAGGAAUGCAAAUUCCAUGCACAAUUGCAUCGAGGAAUCUUCUUGUAUCAGUUUUUGCUUUUCAAUGAAUGGUGUAUUGAACUUCACUCAACUUAAUUAUGAUAUUUGCAGAUAAUUGCGUUUUAUAG